AUGGAUGGCGAAAAAACAAGAUUUUCUAAAUCUGAACUUGCCGUUUUGUCACAUGCGAUUGCAAAUACAGAUGAGCUUCUUCAAAAGAUACAAGCCCUUCAUCAUGAAAAUCGUAAGCUGAAACAGAAAUACAGAUCCUUAAGUCAAUCGGCUGUUCAGGUUAAACAGCUGUAUGAACAGGAACGUGAUAUGGUCUAUAAAAUUAUGUGUCAAAAUACAGAAAUAAAAAACAAAAUAGCAAAUCUAACUAGAAUCAACUCCGAGUUAGAACACUCUCGCAUUAAUAUGCAACUGACACAUUCACAAGCAAUCGCUGAAACAGAAUUGAAAAAUGUAAAUGAAGUAAAGGUUUUGAAUACAAUCUUGAAAGAUUUGGUAAUUCAAUGUAAAGAUUGGAGCGAAGGUGACACGAAAUUUAAAAGUGCUUUACGACAAGCUGUCGAUAUGCUAGAACAAAAGGGAGUAUGCAUAGAAAAGUCAAAAUUAAUUAAAAAAAGCAGACAAAAGUCAGGUGAUAAUUUUUACACCUUUGACUGCGAUACCGAUAUGGAUGGUGAUGAGACCAAUAUAGUUAAAUCUUUAGAAAAAAAACAAAAUUUGACUUGUGUAAAAUCAGAAAUUCCUAAAGCUUACCUUUCUGUUGAAACGAAUACUGAAAUUAAAAGUUUUUGUGAUAAAAGCACAACUUACACAAGUUCCACCACAACUAGAGGAGUUUCUACAGACUGCUUAGUAAAAAAAGUUGAUGUUGGAACGACUUUUCCAGAGAUUCAAACGAAAAAUGUGUCUGAUAUUUUUCGCGAAAUGAUAAUCGAUAUUCCAAGAUUAUUAAGCCCAAUAUCAGAUAAAAUAUUAACAGUUGAUCAAUCAACACAUGUGGAACAGAUACCGUUUGAAGGCACUUCUAAGUCAGUUGAAAACAUAAGUACACAGACGGACAAUAAUUACUCAAAAAUUAAUAUGGAGAACACAUCUAAUGAAUUUCUUGGAAAAUUAUCUGGAGCACAUUUGAGCCAACUCUGGAUAAGUCUGGGACAGUUAUUGUUUGACUUAAUACAGGAUGGAAAAAUAUGCAAAAACUCUGGAGAAAACGAAGAAAGGGCAUGGAGACAGGUUAAAGAAUUAAGUAACUUAAUAGAAACAAGAAAAAAAGAACAAUCAUGUAAAAAAAGUGAAAGUUCGCUUCUAAAUUUUGAUGAAGGAUCAGAAUUUGAUAGGAACGAUAGCCUAAAAAAUCCAUUAUCAAAGGAAUGUAAUCAUAUUUUGCAGAGUGCUAAACGUAAAUGUCGAAGAUUAGAUUAUAUUCUUUCUCCCAUAAAAGAUUUACCUGGAACUGAUAUUGCAGAAAACAUGAACUAUGUUACUAUCCCUACGUCCAUUACUAAUGAAAAUAGUAGCUUAAGUCUCUUAAAAGAAUUAGAAUACACCACUGAGUCAGUAAAAUACCUUUAUGAAUCACCUAAAUCACCACAAUUUGAAAAUGUACAUAAUUUUAGUACUCCGGAAAUACCAUUACAUCGAUCUGACAGUGAGAUUCGAAAAUUGAAAAACACAACAGAUAUUUGGAUUGAAGGAAACAAUGCAUUGAAAAAUAUUAUUAAUAAUUACGAUACAAACAAACGUUUACAUAUUGUUCAAAAGUCAAUUUGCAAAAAUAAUGAAGUUUCACCAAUGUUCGAAAAUUUACGAAAAUCAAUCAACAAAUAUUUGCAAGAGCCUUGGAGUGAAAAAUCUGUUAACAAUUUGCAUGAUUUAUGUUUGAGGUAUGGAAAAAAUAGUGAUGAUAUUAUCAGUGCUAUUCUUGAAAAAAUCGAAAAUUGUUCAAAUGAGCUUAUGAUAAUAAAAAAUAAUCUUGUUGCUCCAGAUUUACCCGUUAUACAUCAGAAAAUUAUAGUAUUAAUUGAAAAAUUUCCAGCGUUUUUGAAGAAAAAAAUUUUAAAUGCAGUAGACUGUACACUAUUUUCAUUCAAGACAAUCUCGGAGAAUGAUAAUCUUAGAAAAAUGAUGAACUUAGCACACUUUUAUAUAGCACUAGUAGCCAUUGAUUUGUGUGAUGAAAAAAAAUCAAAUAUUAGAUUAUUUGUGUAUAAGGCAUUGUACUAUUACAAUCACAAGUCAUUUCCUUUGAUAUAUGCAAUUCUUAAAGCUAACCCAGAAUGUCUUCCAAAAAAGACAACUGUAGACUUUGAUAAAAAUCCCUUGGUUAUAACUUUUGAAUCGAUUUUGAUGAACAGUACAAAGGAUAAAGUGGAACGUUCUGAUUUUAGGAAAAAAGAGUUGCGUGCUUUAUUGCUUACAUAUUAUAAAUACAAGCCUUUUAAACCAACCAAAGAUGUUCUUAUAUUAGAGCUAAUAGAAAGAUUGAAAAAGCAACAACUUGAAAAUCUUGAUUACAGUUUCAUAUUGUUAGCAAAACGCCAUGGCUACGAAUGGGCAAUGUCAAAUAUAAUAAAAGCUCAUUUGUAUCCAUAUCUCGAACAACUUAUGGUACAAUCUGAACACACUGAUAUUCAUGAUCCUGUCAUUAUAUCUUGUUUACAAAUCAUAUCUGCUGUUUUAAAAACAUUUCCUUCGAACACAGACACGACAUAUUUUUUACAGCUUUUUCAAACUGUACUUGAUCGAUCAAACAAACCGUUGAUACAAGAAGCAGCUGUGGAGGCGCUUUUAAAGUUACAAAGGUUUGGUUUCGUUGAAAUAUACCAAAGAAUACAAAAUUGGAAUCCACAUAAUGAUUUGUCUCAAAAAUUAAACAAAAUGAUAAUCACAUAUGUUCAUAGAAAAGAUGUAAGAUUUUGGAAAAAGUUAAAUCGAAUUGUUUGAAUUUCUUAAGUAUUGAAAAUAAUAAAUAAAUAUAAUUUUUUAAACAUUGGACACAUUUAAAUUUAUUUAUAUUUUAAUGCAUUCCAUUCUAAAAAAAAAACAAAAUCCUGACUUAGAUUUUUCCAAAAAACCGUAAUAGAAAUGAGAGAAUAUUUUUGACAUUUUCUGACAUUUUUUAAUUUAAACUUCAUAAAAAGAGUGUAUUGUAUUUUGAAUGAAAUAAAAUCAUACAAAAUACAAAAUAAGGUCGCUCUAAAUGAAAAUCAAAAAUAAAGUCCGAUUUUAAAAGUCGAAAAUCCAACGGGGCAAAAUAAAAACAAGAUCAUAAUCAACCGCAUUUCAGUUGUGUAAGUUUGUGUAAGUUGUGGCAUAUUUUAAAUUUAAUUAAUUUUAUUAAAUAGUAUGGAGUAAAUGAAUCCGCCACUGUCUUAAUGGGGCAAAAAAUGAAAAAAUUACAUUUUUCACCUUUUAUUGGUGAAAAUGAAAAAAAAAAUAGAGAAAGUAGUCGUCUAAAGAACGACAUUUUAUACCGUAUUUCGAUGUUAUAUAUAUACGCUUUUUUGUACUCCUCAUUUCACAAUUUCGUACUCCUCACUUCACAUUUUCGUACCCUUUCACAUUUCCAUACACAUCACAACCCAAGGGACUGCCCACAGACCUUCAGAGUCCUCAAAUAGCUAAGUAUUACUAACAAAAACUUUGGGGCACAGUGUUACUGACACACACGGACAAGUCGAGUUUAAUACCGCAUUUUUUCUUCGAAAUGCGGUAAAAAUAUGGUCAAAAAUCGCUAUGAAAAUUUUGAUUGAUUUGCAUAUCAGAUCUUUUGGAAUUCGAUCUGAUGUUUUAUUCUUCAGAUUUCCUCGGUUUUAUAUGUAAAAAGUUUUCUAAUCAUUUAAUAUAAAUAUAAUCAAUUUGUUUUAUAAAAUUAAAGUAUAAAAUCAGUAAAGUC